CCCCCCUUCCCCACCCACCUUCUUCCCCACAGUUUCUUCCUCCGGUUCAAAUCAGCAAAAGAUUCUUCUGUAGUUCGGACUUGGGGAGAGAGAGUUGUAAGCGCGAUGGGAUUGGAGGCUGGGGAGAGCGCCAUGGGAGGAGACCUGAGCCUCGACUUGCAGGCGUUCGCCGCCCGGACCGUGGCGGGGCGGAUUCCGGCGGCAUCCAGGGAAGACGUCCUCCGCAAACUCGAGGAGGAAAAGGGGAAAAUUGAAGUGUUCGGCCGUGAGCUCCCCGUCUGCGUCCGCCUCAUCGCCGCCGUGAUCGAUUUGCUUAAGGAGAAAGUGGAGAGUAACGGCGGCGAUCAUCGCGACGAGGCGGAGGGGAGCGGAGACAAAAGCUCCUGGAUGAGCUCCGCCCAGCUUUGGAUCGGCGGCGGCUCUUCUAAGGCUCCCGAGAAGGAAGGGAGGAGCUCGGCGCCGGAGAAGAGGGCUCUCGGCGGCGGGCUUGGGUUUGGGCCGUUCAAGGCCGUGGGCUCUGGCGGGCCGGCGUUCCUGCCGGUGAGCUUGAGGAAGGAGGCUCCUUUGAGGAUCCCGGAUCUGCCGUUCCUUUCUUCGGGAUCGCUCAAGAUCAACUCUCCUGCUCCCGCUGCGGCGGCUUCUGCUUCUGCCGGCCUCCAGGUCGCCGGAUUUGGGCUAGAUGCGGCGAGGACCGCCGCCAUCGCUGCUCCUCAGCUUACUCUCCAGACUCAGCCUCAGCCACAGCAGGUAGCACAGCAGACAGCACAGCAGCAGCAGCAAGCAAGGAAGGCAAGGCGCUGCUGGUCACCGGAGCUGCACCGGAAGUUCGUCAAUGCUCUCAACCAGCUCGGCGGCCCCCAUGCAGCUACCCCGAAGCAGAUCAGGGAGCGUAUGCAGGUGGAUGGGCUCACCAAUGAUGAGGUGAAGAGCCACCUCCAGAAGUACCGUCUGCACACCAGCCGGAUGGUGUCAGGAGGUCCGCUUAUGCACCAUCGUCCGGUCGUGCUCUCGGGAGGGCUCUGGAUGCUGCCUUCCGAGGAGAGCAGCUCGCUAUCUGGCUCACCUCCUGGGCCUCUCUCCGGCAUGGCGGUCUCAUCGGCGGUCAGCGGUGAGGAUGAUGAUGGAAGGUCUCAGAGCCAUGGAUGGAUGUGAUUUAGAAGAGUCUGCAGCAGUUAGUGUCGUUGGUUCAGAAUUUUCAGUCGAUUGCGAUGACAGUGGUACAUCUUGAGAGGGAUCAUAGUGUAGUCUGUUCUUAUGUACAUAGGAAACAGGUUUAUACUAGGUACAAAGUUUUGCCAGAAUGUUAAUCGAAUAGGUUUCGGGCAGAGACAAGUUUUCGCCCCGAGAAUUUACCCAUGUUCAGUGUCAACUUUAUUAUCUUUAUAUAAUAAUUUUCCAUUUCAUAUCUUCA